AUGGUGGUCAAGAUCCGUCUCGCCCGAUUCGGGCGCCGGAACUCCCCAUUCUACAACAUCGUCGUGGCCCAUGCACGCACGGCACGAAACUCUCGCCCCCUCGAGGUUCUCGGCACCUACGACCCUGUUCCUAAGCCAGAUCCCUACGACAAUUCCGGGAAGCUCCACAAAGACAUCAAACUCGAUACACAGCGUGCCAGAUACUGGAUAGGCGUCGGCGCCCAGCCAACCGACACAGCAUGGCGACUGCUGUCCAUGAUUGGAAUCCUGCCGAAGAAGGCAUUCGGACCCAAGCCCAGCGAGAGAAAUGGCACGGUCGAAGCGACAAAGGUCAAAAUUCGAUAA